AUUUAUACCUAUCCUCUGGCAGCUCAGGUUCAGGCUGCCUUUGGCGACAAAGAGAAUGCCAAGGCACUUAGCUAUCGUGCACAGAGGACCCAUGAGCUUCUCAAUUGUCUAUUCACAGACAAGUCUCAGAUACCAGUCUUUACAGAUUAUAUUGAAGGAACCAAUUAUCUCAAGGCAGUACUUGACGGCAAGAUAUCUGAUGAUGACAUUGUCAUUAUGUCUUCACUCAAUGGCGCGCAGCUAAUUGAUUCUCAACAAUCAGACAUGACCAUCUACAUAUGGAUUAUCCUCAAUUAUUCUCCUGACAAGAGUUACAAGAAGAAGUGUGUCCUCAUUGGAGGAAUUAUCCCUGGGCCUAACAAGUCAUCGAACCUCGAGUCUUUCUUAUUUUCCGGGUUUCAUCAUCUCUCUGCUCUUCAGCGAGAAGGCCUACCGAUAUGGAAC